AUGGUAACAUUAAGCGAAACCAUAUCCUAUGUGCUCACUGAUUUAAAUAAUGAUCAAAAGAAGGAAAUACUUAAUGUAUUAGUUCAUAUUAUUCAAAAAAUUAUAGACAACCCAACUAGAGCAAAAUUUCGCUCCUUAAAAAAAGACAGUCAAACAUUUAUAAAUAAGUUUCUACGUUUUAAAGGAUCCGAAAAUAUAUUAAAGGCUAUAGGUUUUGAAGAAGAUGCGGAACGAUGGUUUUUCCCUGUUUCAAAUGAUGGAUCAUUAACAGAAAAUUUAAAUAAAGUUCGAAAUUAUAUAAAAAAUAAUGCAUAUACAAUAUAUAAUAAUACUGAAAAUAUUUUUGAACAAAAUCAAAAUUCAUCAAAUGACUUAACAAAUCAUACAAACAAUAAUUGUAACAAUAGUACUACGGAUCAUUUUAAACUUGAAGAUAAAGAACAAAUUUUAAAACCAAGGCCUGAUGGAUUAACCCUCGGAGGGUUAUCGAAAAGAAGGUUAGAAAAAGAAAGGAAUGAAUUGUUAAGAGAAAGGGAAAAUACUAUUAAACUAAUACAAGAGGAUUCCGAUAAAUGGAUUAUACAAAUUAAAGGUGCAGAAAAUACCUUAUAUUCAAAUGAAACAUUUAAAAUGCAAUUUAAAUUCACAGACAAAUAUCCGAUAGAAAGCCCUGAAGUCAUAUUUAUCGGCCAACCACCAAUUCAUCCACAUAUAUACAGUAAUGGGCAUAUUUGCUUAUCAAUUUUAUACGAUCACUGGUCUCCUGUUUUAUCUGUAAAUUCGAUUUGUCUUUCAAUUAUAUCUAUGCUAUCAAGUUGUACAAAAAAAAGAAAGCCAAUUGAUGAUAUGCUAUAUUGUUCUGCAGGGUCUAAAGUUUCUCCAAAAAAUAUGAGAUGGAUGUUUCAUGAUGAUAAAGUUUAA